GCACAUUGAAAGUGAGGCAGAACGGUAAUAAAUACACCUGCUGAUUACAGAAACAGGUGAAAUCAAUCGAAUAUAAGGCUCACAGCAGGCAGGAACACUGGAGGCCAAUUAAAAUAAAAGUCAAAACAGGAAGUAACCCUGCCAUGGAACAGUUUCUGUUUCUUUGAGUAGAUGGGGCUAAAGUUGAGAAUAUAUAUUUUAUAGAUAGAUAGAUAGAUAGAUAGAUAGAUAGAUAGAUAGAUAGAUAGAUAGAUAGAUAGAUAGAUAGAUAGAUAGAUAGAUAGAUAGAUAGAUAGAUAGAUAGAUAGAUCCAUUCCAUAAACAAUCCUCCAGGUGGCGGUAGUGAGACACAUAAAAGGGAGUGAAGAGGCAGAGGAGCGAGACGAGCGCGGAGAAGCAGCGGUGACGGCAGCCUCUGCUUGUUGUCGUCCCGUUCUUCGGGGUCUGAAGCCUGACUUUUCACUAAAUGCCACGUUGACGCCUGAGUUCAAGUCCUUUCAACGUGCGCGUGCACGUGCGUGAGCCGCAACUCCUGAACAUAGCGCACAACGCAGACGCCAGGCUGCGCUUGUGGGUGAUUCUCCAUCCUCUCGGACGCCACGUGUUGAAGUGCUGCAGACCCCACAGCUCAGCCUCAGCCUGAAGGGACUGAACCAUGGGUCUAGUGGACGCCCUGGUCCUCGCCUCCAGCUCUGUCUCCUUCUUGGGGGCUGUAGCAGUCCUGCUUGUCACCUACAUCAUGUCUUCCACCUUCUUCAGCUUGCAGAAAGACAGGAAGGAGCCUCCAGGACCCAGACCCCUUCCUCUGCUGGGGAACCUGCCGCAACUGGACCUCGGUAGAAUGUACUUUUCAUUGGUGGAGCUCUCCAAGAAGUACGGCUCCGUCUUCACUGUCUACCUGGGACCCAAGAAGGUGGUGGUUCUGGCUGGAUACAAGACGGUGAAGGAGGCGUUUGUCAACCACGCUGAAGAGUUUGGAGAAAGAGAGAAAAUUCGAUUAUUGCAUGAAUUUACUGAAGGAAAUGGUGUCGUCUGGGCCAACGGAGACUCCUGGAAAGAGAUGAGACGCUUUGUCAUAAGAAGCUUGAAAGACUUUGGGAUGGGAAAGAAGGUGUGUGGGGAGAAAAUCAUCGAGGAAAGUCACCACCUCGUUGGAGAGAUCGAGAAGUUUAAAGGUGAAGCAUUUGACACAACCCAAACCUUGAGCUUUGCAGUUGCUAAUAUUAUCUGCUCCAUGGUCUAUGGCAGCAGAUUUGAAUACGAUGAUCCGAGGUUUGCACCCCUGGUUGAUCGAAUGAUGAUAUACCAUAAACUGUUGGCAACGCCAUCAGCACAGGUCUACAGCCUGUUUCCAUCGAUUGGCAAAUGGUUUCCCAACACCAAAGAAUUCUUCAAAGUGUUUUCUGCCAUCAUGACAUUCAACUCAGAGUUGUUCUGUCAUUUGAAGGAGACGCUCAACCCACAGAAGUGCAGAGGUUUUGUAGAUGCCUUUCUGGUCCAGAAGCAACAUCUGGAGACCAGCUCUGUCUCCUUCUUGGGGGCUGUAGCAGUCCUGCUUGUCACCUACAUCAUGUCUUCCACCUUCUUCAGCUUGCAGAAAGACAGGAAGGAGCCUCCAGGACCCAGACCCCUUCCUCUGCUGGGGAACCUGCUGCAACUGGACCUCGGUAGAAUGUACUUUUCAUUGGUGGAGCUCUCCAAGAAGUACGGCUCCGUCUUCACUGUCUACCUGGGACCCAAGAAGGUGGUGGUUCUGGCUGGAUACAAGACGGUGAAGGAGGCGUUUGUCAACCACGCUGAAGAGUUUGGAGAAAGAGAGAAAAUUCGAUUAUUGCAUGAAUUUACUAAAGGAAAUGGUGUCGUCUGGGCCAACGGAGACUCCUGGAAAGAGACGAGACGCUUUGUCAUAAGAAACUUGAAAGACUUUGGGAUGGGAAAGAAGGUGUGUGGGGAGAAAAUCAUUGAGGAAAGUCACCACCUCGUUGAAGAGAUCAAGAAGUUUAAAGGUGAAGUCUUCGAUACGAGCCGUCCUCUCUGCUGUGCAGCCGCGAACGUCAUCUGCUCCAUGGUCUUUGGCAACAGAUUUGAAUACGAUGAUCCAACAUUCACGUCUUUAAUUCAUCAUAUAUUGAAAGCCCAUGAACUGUUGGGGGGACUGUCAUCACAGAUUUUCAACUUGUUCGGGAUCGGAAAAUGGUUUCCCAAAAAUCAAGAGUUCCUCAGAGUGACUGACAGCACCAAAGAAAUGGUUUUACAGCUGGUCACUGGUUUGGAGGAGAGCCUCCAACCGAAUAUGUGCCGAAGCCUGGUGGACGCCUUACUGGUCAAAAAGCAAACUCUGGAGGAUGCUGAGAUUUCCAACAGUCACUUCCACAAUGAAAACAUACUUAUGACAGUUACUCAGCUGUUUUCUGCCGGAACUGAUACAACAGCAACUACACUCAUGUGGGGUCUUCUGCUUAUGGCUAAAUACCCACAAGUUCAGGACCAGGUCCAAGAUGAGGUGAGACAGGUAAUAGGGGGUCGUCAGGUGCAGCCUGAGGACAGAAGGAUGAUGCCCGUCACAGACGCCGUCAUCCACGAGGUCCAGAGGUUCGCCAACAUCGUCCCCAUGUCGCUUCCUCACAGAACCAACCGAGACGUCAUCUUCCAGGGCCACACUAUUUCCAAGGGGACCACGUUGUUUCCUCUCCUCGGAUCUGUCCUCUAUGAUGAGAGCGAGUGGGAGAAGCCUCACAGCUUCUAUCCUGCUCACUUCCUGGACAAAGACGGGAAGUUCGUCAAACGCGACGCCUUCAUGCCUUUUUUUGCAGGUCAAAGGCAAUGUCUCGGGGAGAAUCUGGCCAGGAUGGAGCUCUUCAUCUUCUUCACCACCCUCCUGCAGCGCUUUCGCUUCACGCCUCCGCCCGGAGUCUCAGAGGAGGAACUGGCUCUGACGCCGGUCAUGGGCCUCGGCUUCACCCCCUCACAGGAUAAACUGUGUGCUGUGUCCUUGAUGUCAGAGGAGUGACGACCGGCAGACGAGUCGGGUCAAUGGUUGAUUGGAGUCUUGGCU